AUGUUGCGAAUUAAAAGUAUUCUGAUAGGUGCAAAUGAUCUACCGGAACAACCAAAAUACGUUCCAUUAAAAUCCGUUCGUGUUGAAGGAAAGAUAGAUUUAUUUGCUGCUGAUGUGACAAUCAAACAAGUGUUUCGUAAUGACGAAACAAAUCCGAUCGAGGCUGUUUAUUGUUUUCCCAUCGAAGAGCAAGCAGCUGUUUAUAAAUUCAUUGCACAAAUCGACGAUCGACAAAUCGAAGCUGAUUUAAAAGAAAAGAAGGAAGCACAGAAAGAAUACAACGAAGCUCUUCAACAAGGUCAUGGCGCCUAUCUACUCGAACAGGAUGAGAAAUCUCAAGAUAAUU